UUUUUUUUUUUAAUCAAGCGUAACAAUUGCUAAUGGCGUAUGACUUUGAACAGGCGUUUCUGAAUAUAUGAUUUUAUGUGUGCUAUGCGUGAAAGAGAUUUUUCUUUUAUAAAUGAUGCUUUGGAAAUCGACCUAGAUAAUGGGCAAAUAACUGUGCAUGUUGUCAACGAUACAAAAGAGAAGUCAAAUAAUGAUAAAUUUGUGCCCAAAAUUGAGAAUUUAUCAAACAACAACUUAAAUCACAAUGAACUUCCGUCAUAUUCCAGUCUUGAUUUUAUUGCCGAUGAACCACCAAAGUAUGAAGUAGUUACAGGAAAAAAGCUCUCGCACGGAACUGGUAUUGUCCCGGAAGCUUUGGAGCAUACCGAAAGACCAAGUAGUUUUGCUUCUUUUGUUUCCAAAAGAAAAAAGAUUUUAAUAAUUGCUUCUGGCUUGUUGCUUAUUUCGUUGAUCAUAAUUAUUUUUUCCCUUGGAAUACAACAUUUUGUUAGUACCUAAGUAUGAACCGAAUGGCAUUUCAAUCGAAAAGAUUUAAAAAUCACGAUUAGCUUAUAAAACAUUUUGUUGUUUUGUAAAUUUAUUGUAAACUUGUUUUUAAUUUUCAAAGUAAUCUUUAUUGCAAAUUCAUGUAGUAUUUGAAAA